UCCGGGUCACUCGCGCGGCCUCGAUCCGGGACACGCGCGGCGGCGGCGGCUCUCGAGGGACUCUGAAUAUGUCUGGCAUAGCUCUUAGCAGACUUGCACAGGAGAGAAAAGCCUGGAGAAAAGAUCAUCCAUUUGGAUUUGUAGCAGUACCUACAAAAAAUCCAGAUGGCACGAUGAAUCUAAUGAACUGGGAGUGUGCUAUUCCAGGAAAGAAAGGGACACCAUGGGAAGGAGGCUUAUUUAAACUACGGAUGCUUUUCAAGGAUGACUACCCUUCUUCACCCCCAAAAUGUAAAUUUGAACCACCGUUAUUCCACCCAAACGUGUAUCCUUCAGGCACCGUGUGUCUCUCCAUCUUAGAGGAGGAUAAGGACUGGCGGCCAGCAAUCACAAUUAAACAGAUCUUGUUAGGCAUACAAGAACUUCUAAAUGAACCAAAUAUUCAAGACCCAGCUCAAGCAGAGGCUUACACAAUUUACUGCCAAAACAGAGUGGAAUAUGAAAAGAGGGUUCGAGCACAAGCCAAGAAGUUUGCACCAUCAUAAGCAUUUGUCACGCAGCAUCUUAAAAAGGAAGGGAUUGGUUUGGCAAGAACUUGUUUACAAAACUUUUGCAAAAUGUAAUGUUGCUAUGUACAAUUAAUAUCCACAUAAGGGGAGGGGGUUGUAUGUGUGCCAUUUUCCAUAUUCGCCAGUUGUAUACAGUUCUAAAUUUGCUGAAUUGCCCCCAGUUUUUUCAUACAGGGUCUCUUCCUUCAGUCUUUUGUAUUUUUGAUUGUUAUGUAAAACUUGCUUUUAUUUUAAUAUUGAUGUCAGUAUUUCAACUGCUGUAAAAUUAUAAACUUUUAUACUUCUAUAAAUUCACUAGUAUCUCUAGUUACUUUGCUAUCUGAUGCAGGCAUGCUUUAAAAUGUUAGAACUAUAUUUAGCCUCUAGCUGGCUGUAUGAAAAAAAAUCAUGCCCUCCACCCCCUUCCCUCCCUGAAUUUGUUUUUUCUAUCUUUCAGAAACUAGGUUGUUAUUGCUUAAAGCCUCUGAGAUCCAAAGUUAGCCAGCAUCCUUAUUCUGCAUCACUAUCUUUGUGUUUAUAUGGCAUUCUGUCUGUGUUGCUGUUUAGAGUAAAUAAACUGUUUAUAUAAA